AUGAUGAAAAGUCAUUUAUCAUCAGAUACAUUAUCUUCUAUUGAUCGUAAUUCAGAUGAACAAGAAAUUCGACAACGAUUAUUGACUGAUUCACAAAAUGAAUCAAGUGGUGAUUUUUCUAGUAAAUCUUCAGAAGAUUUAAUUGAUUCCGUCCUUGACGUACCAACAAAAUGUGUUGAACAAGCAAAAGAAGUUGGUAAAUUUGUUGUUGAUUAUGUUGUCGAUCAUACUCAUCUUCCGCAUUGGCUUAUUGAUAAUGAAUUUUUACUUUCUGGCCAUCGUCCACCAAUGCCAAGUGUUAAACAGUGUUUUGCAUCGAUCUUUCGUUUACAUACAGAAACAGUUAAUAUAUGGACUCAUCUAUUGGGUACAUUAGUUUUUAUAGUAAUCGCUAUUUAUUUUCUUUCCCGACCAUCUGCCGAAGUACAUAUUGAAAAAAAGAUGAUUUUUAGUGCUUUCUUUCUUGGAGCUAUAAUAUGUUUACUAUGUUCAACAUUAUAUCAUACAUUAUAUUGUCAUUCACCAAAAAUUUCGAAAUUUUUUUGCAAACUUGAUUAUUGUGGAAUAGCAGUAUUAAUUAUUGGUUCAGUUAUUCCCUUACUUUAUUAUCAAUUUUAUUGUGAAUUUGGAACAAAAAUUGCUUAUCUAUCAUUAAUUGGUUUAUUAGGAAUUGCAUGUAUUGUUAUUUCUAUGUGGGAUAGAUUUGCUUCAUCUGAUUAUCGAGUUUAUCGUGCUUUAUUAUUUAUUACAUUUGGUGUCUUUGGUUUUGUUCCAACUUGUCAUUAUAUACUUCGAUUUGGUUUUAAACAUGCUUUUACAACUGGUGCAACUCAAUAUUUACUUGUAGUUGCUGCAUUGUAUGUUAUUGGUGCUGCUCUUUAUGCAGCUCGAAUACCUGAACGAUUAGCUCCGGGUCUUUUUGAUAUUUGGUUUCAAAGUCAUCAACUUUUUCAUGUAUUUGUUGUCGCUGCAGCAUGUGUUCAUUAUUAUGGUAUAUGUAUUUUAUCACAAAAUCAAGCCAGUUACUUUGGCGAUUGUCGAACAGAUAUUCUAAGCUCAAGUACUACUAACUCAUUUACUUCUGUGCUCAAAUGA